GCUAAUUGAGCUAGAGCUAGCUAGUGCUUCUUUCUAGGACCACCACUUCGUGUCACAGUGAGAGAAGGAAAGAGGAAGAGACUCUUAGCAAGCAAGCAAUCUAUCGAUUGUUGAGAAAAUAUGGCUGGAUUCUCUGGUCACAAUUUGGCCUUCGCCUUCGGCCUUCUUGGCAACGUUAUCUCCUUCUUCGUCUUCCUUUCGCCGCUGCCGACGUUUUACCAAAUAUACAAGAAGAAGUCGACGGAAGGGUUUCAGUCAGUGCCAUACAUAGUCGCCUUGUUCAGCGCCAUGCUGCUCAUGUACUACGCUUUCCUCAAGUCCAAUGCCACCCUUCUCAUCACCAUCAACUCCUUCGGCUGCUUCAUUGAGGCCAUUUACAUCGGCUUUUACAUUUUUUACACUCCCAAGAAGUUGCCCACUGUGAAGCUACUCUCUCUAAUGAUGGGGAGUUUCGGCCUGAUCCUUGUCAUCACUUGCUUUCUCGUGAAUGGUCCCAUGCGAGUGCACAUUGUUGGCUGGAUUUGCCUGAUAUUUUCUGUGAGCGUAUUCGCUGCGCCCCUGGGGAUUCUGAAACAAGUGAUGCGAACAAAAAGCGUGGAGUUCAUGCCAUUUUCCUUGUCAUUUUCCCUCACACUUAAUGCUGUCAUGUGGUUCUUCUAUGGCCUUCUAAUAAAAGACUUCAAUAUUGCUAUUCCAAACGUGCUGGGAUUCGUCUUCGGCGUUCUCCAGAUGGUGCUUUAUCUAAAGUACAAGGAUGGAAAUAAAGGUGUGAAGGAGCUAAAGCUUCCUGCAGCGGCUGAUCAAAUACCAAGCAAGGUGGUGGUGGUGGCGGAGGAGAAGAAGAUGCCGGUCCCGGAGCAAGUGACCAUCGACAUGGCGAAGCUGAGAGAAAUAAUUCUGAGUUCAGAAAUGAUGCCUGCAGUAGUGGUCCCAAACCUAAAUGGACAUGCCAUGGCUGCAGCAGAGCUUCACCUGGCCAAGCCAAACAUUGAAGUCCCCGUGCUGGCCUAAUUAAUUAACUUCAUCAAAAUACAUCGAUCGGUAUCUUUGCAAAUAUAUAUAUGUAUACUCUUUUAAUUUGUCGUGGUUUUUAAUUUUCUUGGUGAAUUAUCUCAUGCAAUGUUAUUUCUCCAAUAAUGAAUAUAAUUCAUCAGUUGCUACGUCC